UAUAUAUACAUAAAGAAAAACGCGUCCUUGUGAGAAAAUUGUCUGAAGUUCAUCGUGGCAACAUUGUAUUUGUAGUCAACAAAUACAAUUUUAUAUGAUCAAAACGCCGUGAAAUCACCGCCUUUUGACAUUUUUGAUUAUCUCUUGUCUUGCCAUUCUGCAGUUCUACCGAGCACCAAAGCAGGCCGGUCAGCUCCAAGGGAUUAUAUAUAAUGAGGUACUCUGCACCCAUAAUCUUUGACUAAUCCCAUUUUUUUAUUCUCUCUUUAGGGUUCGAUUCCGUUUCUUCGAUUUGGGUUUUUUCGGGUUUAUAGAUUUUUGAUAAAAAGUAGGAAACUUGGGUGGUUUUUUCGGAUGAAUCGAGGAUUUUAGAGCUUUUUAGCUGAGCUUAAAUGGAGGGCAGUGAUGACACUGGUAGUGGUAGUGGUAGUGGUAGUGCCAAGCAGCAGCGGCCUAAUCCAACUUUUGGGUCGUCGUCUUUCUCGAUUCCUAAGCCAAACAGCAAUUUAGAUAUUCCGAAUUUCAACCCUUCUUCUCAGAUGGGUCUCCCCAUGCGUCAAUCUUCCCCUAGUUUGAGUCCUGAGAACAGUAAGAGGCCCGGGAUUCCUCCUUCGCACCCGAAUAACCACAAUUCGAUGCCUUUUUCGAAUGUCAUGAGGCCUCAAUCGCGUUCUUGGCAGUUGGGAACACAGAAUUUGAGCCCAGGGUCAUCCCACACUAGGUCUUUGUCUCAGCCUCCGGUUUUCUCGCUUGAUUCCCUGCCCCCAUUGAGCCCUUUGACUUACCGCGACCCCUCGGGUCCUUCUCCGUCUGACCCGAAUUCAGUUGAGGUUUCCAUGGAGGAGACUGUUAAUUCUCAGGGACCUUCACUUCGUUCCCCAGUUGCUGAUAGCAGUGCAUUUUGGGCUGGAGACGGCCUUCCCCCUCGCAGAAGGCACCGGCGCUCUAACAGUGAUGUUCCGUUAGGAUUCUCAGCUAUCAUUCAAUCUUCGCCUCAGUUGAUUCCCAUUGGGCGGCAAACAAGUUUGGAUGGAUCGGCUUCUGGGAGAGACAAUUCAGGGAUUGGAAAGCCAAAUCAGCUGAUGAAACAGGGAUCAAAUGGGAAUGCAGAGGGAAUGGAUGAGAGGAAAUCGGGGGGAGAGAUUGCGGAUGAUUUGUUUAAUGCAUACAUGAAUUUGGAGAACAUUGACAAAAUGAACUCGUCCGGUAAUGAGGAUAAGGAUUUGGAUAGCAGAGCCAGUGGCUCGAAGACAAACGGGUGUGAGAGUAGUGAUAAUGAAGUGGAAAGUGGUCUAAAGGGGAAUGGUAACGGCAGGCAGAGGCCAGGUUCUGGUUUUCCGAAUGAGAGGAGGGAAGGGCUCAAGAGGACUGCUGGCGGUGAUGUUGUAUCUAAUGUCCGACACUGUAGGAGCAUUUCAAUGGAUAGUUAUAUGGAAAGUCUGAAUUUCGAUGAUGAACCAUUGAAACCCCUGCCGCUAGGCCAACAAUCACCCAGCACUUCGCUUGAUGGGAACUCAGCCAAGUUCAGCAUGGAGUUUGGAAGUGGUGAGUUCAAUGCAAUUGAGUUGAAAAAGAUAAUGGAAAAUGAGAAACUUGCUGAGAUAGCACUAUCAGACCCCAAACGUGCAAAGAGGAUUUUGGCUAACCGUCAGUCAGCUGCUCGUUCCAAGGAGAGGAAGAUGCGAUACAUUCAAGAAUUGGAACACAAGGUGCAAACCCUGCAGACGGAGGCAACCACUUUGUCUGCCCAGUUUACAAAAUUGCAGAGAGACUCUGUGGGUCUUACAAGUGAGAACAAUGAGUUGAAAUUUCGGCUUCAAGCUCUGGAACAACAGGCCCAACUGAAAGAUGCUUUAAAUGAAGCCUUGACUGGAGAAGUGCAGCGACUAAAGCUUGCCGCUGGAGAGCUCGGUGGAGGAGAAGGCCACCUUUCGAACCGCAUGGCGCAGCAAUUAUCUAUGAACCAGCAAAUGCUUCAACUGCAGCAUCUCAACCUCUAUCAAAUGCAACAGCAGCCACAGCACCAAGCUCAACAGAACACGCAACCGCAGCAGUUCAUGCAGCAGCCUCAGCAAAAUCGACCUCCGCAUCACCAGAACGGCAACGCUGCCGCUAAGCCGGAGUUGAGCCAAUAGGUUGGCCAACACAAACGUUGGCUUGUGUUGGUCCCUUUGGUGCCAAAAUUUGUUUUGAAAUAUGAUGUCAUAUAUUAAAUCCUUUAUGUAACUGUCUAAUUUAAAUUGAAAAUUUUCCUAGUGAAAGAGUACUGCUUUGAGAUUUGUUUACUAUA